GAGAAUUAAACAACAAUAAAAACCGGCAAUCAGAGCAAAAUGAUCCACUAAUUGGACUUUGUCGCCCAUUCCGCGCGCAGCACUGGCAGCAAGAUGUCGUACCAAGGAUACAAGGAGCUACUGGUGGAGCAGCAGGGCAAGCUGCUGGUGGCCAAGUUCAACAAUCCGCAGAAGAAGAACUGCAUCAACAGGUUCGCCUACCAGGAGAUGACCCGCGUCCUCACCGAGGUCAACGACGACGAGGGCGUGACCAUUGUGGUGUUCACCGGCGUGGGCGACAUCUUCACGGCCGGCAACGACCUGUCCCAAUCCUCCAAGUCCGACGACAUCGACGCCUUCUUCAAGCAGUCCAAUGCGACUUUCAAGGCCAUGGUUCUGAGCUUCGUCAACUGCAGGAAGGUAGUGAUUGCCCUGGUCAAUGGGCCUGCCAUCGGCAUUGGCACCACCAUUGUGGGCUUGUGUGAUGUGGCCUGGUGCUCCGAAACGACCUACUUCUACACGCCGUUCACCAAGCUGGGUCUGGUGCCCGAGGGCGGCUCCUCCUACAUGCUGCCCCUGAUCCUGGGCCGCUCCAAGGCGUCGGAAGUGCUGCUGCUGAACGAACGCCUCAGCGCCCAGGAGGCGUAUCAGUUCAACUUUGUGUCGCGGAUCUUCAAGGCCAGCGAACUGGAGUCGCUGAUUUGGCCCAAACUGCGUGAGUACUCCGAGCUGCCCACGAACUCCCUGCUGCAAGGCAAGCGCCUCAUCAAGGAGGGCUUCGUGGAGAAUCUCAUCCAGGCCAACGAGGCGGAGUGCAAGCAGCUGCUCCAGCAGUUCCAGCAUCCCGAGUUCUUCCAGGCCAUCAUGGACUUUGCCAGCCGCAAGAACAAGGCGAAAUUGUAAAUAUGCUUCAAGUUUCUAUCUCUGCGAUUCUGGAACACAAUAGAUAUGAAUGCUAAUUCGUAUGCCACAAACAUCAAAACAAAUGGAACUCUAAGUGAUAAGAUUAGGUUGGCUUUUGCACCAAGCCCAUAGGUUAAUCUCUUUAACUAGCUGUGUAUGUACAUAAGUAGCAGUAUAAUUUGGAAGUGCUGAUUAAAAGCAAUUGAAGAACACCA